GCCGGUCGGAAAGCUGGGGGCUGCUGUGCCCGGGCGGUUCCUCUGCGGUCUGCGGCGUGGGGCCGUUUUCGCGCUCGCUCGUGGCGCCACAGCCCGGCGGGCGUCGCGCGGGUCGCCUUCCCAGACAGGCACCCCAGGCCGGCCGCGAUGGACUUCCCCAGCUCCCUCUGUCCCUCGUUGUUUACGGCUGGCCCCCUUGGUACAAGCGAUGCCCCUGACCUGUCCUUCAUGUGCAGCUGGAGAGAUGCCCUGACACUGCCAGAGUCCCAGCCCCAGGAUGCCAAGGAUGCCGUACUGCACUUGGCCACGAACCUGCUGUGGGAGCCUGUGGUGCCUGGGCCCCUGCCUCUGCUGCCUCCUGCUCCUGAUCCCUGGGACCCUGGUGUGACUGCCCAGGACCUCCUUUUCCGAGGAGGUUACCACUACCGGAGACAGCCCCAGGUGGUGCUGGAUGUUACUGAGCAGCUCAGCCGGUUCCUGUGGGAUCAUGGGGACAUAGCCUUUGCACCACUGGGGAAGCUGAUGCUGGAAAAUUUCAAACUGGAGGGCGCCCGCAGCCGCUCCAAGAAGAUGACAGUGGUCAGCGUGAAGAGGCUGCUGCAGGACCUUGGUGGACACCAGCCCUGGGGGUGUCCCUGGGCAUGCAUCAGCCAUCGGCAGCGCCGCUUCUCCAUCCUCGGGGGCCCAGUGCUGAACAGGUCGGUUUCCAGCCUCCUGGGCAAGCUGCUGCAUGAGGAGCUGACCCUGCGCUGGGAGCGGCUACUCCUGGACGAGGCCUUCACCGGGGGCGCCUUGGCCUGGGUGCCUGGAAGGACAGCGCGGGUGGGCCAGAUGGUCUACCCUGCAGGAGGUGCCCUGGACAAGCUGUGUUUCCAGGAGGUCAGUCUGACGUCAGGUGGCAAUCCUCGGGUCCUUGGGGACCCUGGGUGCAUCCAGCUACAGGGACCUGUCCGGCAGGUGGUGACCUGCACUGUCCAGGGAGAAACUCUGCUGGCCGUCCGCUCCGACUACCACUGUGCCGUGUGGAAGGUCAGUAAGCAGGAACCACCGACGCCCCUGCAGGUGCUGCAGGUCGAGAAGGGGGCCACGGGGAUCAGUCUCAGCCCUCACCUGCCCGGGGAGCUGGCCAUCUGUAGCCGUUCUGGAGCCGUCUGUCUGUGGACCCCUGAGGACGGACCCCCAGACACCCUCCCACAGCUUGCCAUCUCCCCAAGGCUGCAGCAGGUCUACAAGGACUCCGAGACGCUUGUGUUCCGGGACCCUUCUCCCUGGCGCUGGGCCGACUUCACUGCCCACCCUCGGGUGCUAACUGUGGGUGACCGCACUGGGGUGAAGAUAGUGGACACUCAGGGCCCACCAGGCUGCGGACUGCUGCUUUUCCGUGGGGGAGCAGAGGCCUCCUGUCAGAAAGGAGAACGUGUCCUGGUCACCCAGUACCUGGGGCAGGCCAACUCUGGCUGCCUUCCUCCCACCCUCCAUCUCGUCUGUACCCAGCUCUCGCUCUACCUGAUGGACGAGCGCCUGCCCCUGGUGCCGGUGCUGAAGUGGGACCACGGCCUCCCUUCCCCGCCCCUGCUGACCCGCCUGCUGCCUCCACCCGGCCCUGGCUGCCCGCAACCCUUGCUCCUGGGAGGCCAGGGGGGGCAGCUGCAGCUGCUGCACCUCACAGGAGCGGGGUCCUCCACACCCCGGCUGGCAGGACCCCCCCAGUCUCUUCCCUCCAGGACCAGUUCUCUCUCCGCAUUUCCCCUCCUGGAACCCAAGAGCCAGGGGCAGUUGCAGGAGCGUCUCAAAGCUCCAACCAUAGGUCUGGCCGCCACUGUCACACACUGUGCUUCUGUGCCAGUCCUGUUGGUCUUCCAACUCUCCGAGGCUGGAGACGUCUUCUUCCAGCCCUUCCGCCUCCACCGAGACCCCGAGCCUCCUGGUGACCCCAGGCCCACCUGCCCUGCACCUGAGGCCACAGCAUCCCCCCAGGACCCAACUCCCAAGCCUCCCACACCCUCCUGGACUUCCCAGGCCAUCACCCGCUGCAGCCGCUGGCUGGAGGCCCUGCUGGAGGUGCCCCCUGCUCCUGCUGUGUGGGUUGCACCCACCUUCUCCCACCGCCGCCUGGUAGGCCGCAUGGAGCCACAAAAAGAUGAAGGGAGAGUGCCACAGGGCCUCCGGGCAGCCAUGGCCGAAGAGCGGCUCCUGCAGCGGAGGGACCUGGGCUCACCACCCAGGGCAGAGCCGCCCCCUGCACCCGAGUCAGGCCCACAGGAUGAGCUCACUGAGCGUUUGGGGGCUGCCUGGGAAGGCCAGGGGGCUGCUUGGUGGGAGAAGCGGCAGGGCAGGACCUCUGGGCCUGAGGGACGGGCCAGGCGGCCCAAACGCCGGAGCCAGCUCUCUAACACGUUCUCCUCACUCACCAGCGGCUUGGACCUCCCAGAUGCCAGCAGCCCCCCUCGCAGCCCAAACCAGACAUCCUCAGAGGCCAGGCCUCACCCCACAGGGACCCCGCACUCCCAGGAGCUGAGCCAGGAGCUGUGGCCCCAAGGCAUCCCCUCAGAGCGGCGGCAAACCCUCCGCAGCUACAUGGCCAAGCUCCCACUUCCAAAGGACACCCCAGGACAUAGCCCAACACCCGCCUCCCAGCAGCACACACCUGCCCUGACUGGCUCACGGCCCCACAGGAAGAAGCCACGAAUGGGUUUCUGAGGCACAGGCGAGGCUUCUCCCUGCACCCGGGUCAGCUGCACCUCCACGGCCGGGAGCUUCCCGCUCCUGAAGGGCCUGUGGCCGGGGGAGACCCAGUGCUGAAGUAGAACCAGGUUGAAGGAGUGGGUGACCAAGCAGCCCACAGAUCCUUCCGGAGGCCCAAGGGAGGGAGCUGGCAGUCCCGUCCUGAGUACCAGCAGGCUGUCAGAGACCGGCUUGUCUCCUUGUUUCCCGUUUCCAUGGAAAGGGCAGCAGCACCCUUCCUCUUGUGUGGCGGGGUGGGGCGAGGCUGCUGUGGGGGAGGCUUUGUGAGCAGCCUCCCUGGGAGGUGCCUUGGUUACAAGCUCAGGGACUGAAUAAACCCGUCCACUGAACACUGCCGCGUGGAUGGUGCUCCCCUGGGUGGCUCCUGAUGUGACGCCAAAGCCCUGCUCCCUGUGCUGUGGGAAACCCAGUGGACAGUGUGGCACCAGGCUCUGGCCCUGCCUCUCGUCACACUUGGGAGGGUCUUUGUUUCUGGUGAACCAAAAGGAAUCGCCUGUAACUUGCAAAUACCAGUCGCCUCUGGAUUUGCACAGAUGCUAAAACAUUUAUUAUGCAAACUAGACCCUUGUAAUCACGCAAUUCAUACCACAGGUAACAGGAGAAAUGACCAUUGCAUGCUCGAGGCAUGGUGUGGAGGCCAGGAGCCCGUGUCACGGCGGGGCCCCACGGUAGCACUUGGGUGGAGGGCUGACCGUGCCUGCUCCCAGUCCCCGGGAGUCUGAUGGUAGAGGGGCCGCCUUGGAUUUAGUCCAAACCAAAUUCAAUGUCCUCCCGGCCUGUCCCCCCACUGGACUCCUCGGUCUGUGCUUCAUUCUUCCCAGUCCAGUCUGCUUUAGAGAGAAGGCCAGCAGGGGUUGGAAUGGAGCCCGCCCCUCCUCCCUGGGCCCCACACUCCCGCCGAGGCCUCCUUCCCCAGUCCCUGCGGCAGGCACACCUUCACGCCAGCCCAGACCUGCCCAUCCAAGCCAGCUCCACAGCCCCUCCAAACGCCUUGCUCAGGAAAGGUGGGAUGGGGUCCUUGGCCUCCCAGCCCUGCAGAACCCCCACUGCUAAGCCCUGCAUGCCCACAGGGCCUGGUGACAGGUGGCACAUAAGGUCACCACCCAAGAAUGGGGGGCCUAACCAGUUGGCGCCCACCAGCAGAAGCUUCAGUCAAACAGGGAUGUGAUCCACAGAGGCCUCCUGGUCUGUCCUCUUGGCCCUUUCCAGGAACCUGGGAUUCCUAGGGUGAGCUCCCUGGGCCCACCCAGCAUGGGCUCUACAUUCCCCACAGAGCUCUGGCCCCUGUGACCCAGGGACCUUACCUGGUGGGAGGGCUGCAGGGAGAUGGUUGUCCCCACUGUUGCUGGGAGGAGUAGGUGCAGCAUCUCUGCAGGAGAGCACAGGGGGUUGGACCGAGGACUCAGGGUCGUGCAUCUCCUGAAUGAGCACCCGUGGGGCCUUGAUGUCUUGACUUGGGAUUCCUGAGU